AAAAAAGCUUAGGGUAUUUAAGGACUGAAGUGUUUUAUGGUUUGUACAGUUGGGUAGCUGUUAUAGAAUCACAAACACAAGAACAUUGAAGAGCACAGAUACAGGAUAAAGGAAUGGAGUAUAAGACCUGUUUAGUACUAACUACGGCCUUGUGUUUUGGAUUUGUUUGCCCUCAAAAGGAUAGUCACCCACCAUAUGCCUGUCAAUGUCUAAUGGAAACCAGUGAAAGAGAGGAAUGUGAAUUUUCUUCAGGAAACAUUACUGCAGAGCAGUGCACAGAAAAUGGAUGCUGCUUUGAUGCAUCGGUGCCUGAUGUCCCCUGGUGCUUCAAACCAUCGGGUGAAAGAGCUUCAGUAACCUAUGCAAGGAAAAUGAUUCCAUCUCAAGAAAGAAAGGAGUGUGGUUAUCACGGGAUCACACGCAAAAGGUGCAAACGGAUUGGAUGCUGCUUUGAUCUAAAGGCAUACUGGUGUUUUCAUCCCCCAGUAAAUAAUGUUUCUCAACACUGUGUAAUGGAAGGGAGUGCGAGGCUAGAAUGUGGUUACCCAGGCAUCACCGCUGAGGAAUGUCAAGCAAAGGGAUGUUGCUUCAAUUCAUAUGACAUUAAUACCCGGUGGUGCUUUCAUCCUCUGUCGGACACAGUACCUGCAAGGCUAUGUGGAAUGGCACCCAAGAAACGAAUGUCGUGUGGAACUCCUGGCAUUUCUGCUGAUGAAUGCAUGGCGAAAGGAUGCUGCUAUGAACAUUACCAGUAUGCCAACCUGGUUCCCUGGUGUUUCCAUCCACAUGAAAAACAAGGAAAUUAUUCUCUCUGAAGAACAACAUUGAAAGAAAUAUGGUUUAUUUAAAGAAAUGCUUGCAGAGUGAAGGCCAAUAGACAUAAUGUUAGUAUGUAGAUUUCUUCAUAUUCUUUGUAUUAUGUAAAUGUUUACUGUUUGAUAUUUUGAGAAUAUUCUGCAUCUCUUCUCACUUUUUCAGAAGGAAGAACUGUUGCAUCAUUACUAGAAUUAUCAAGGAAUAAAUCAAUGAUUUCAUAUUUUUGCACAAUUCCGAAUGAUAAAUAACAGACAAGUCACUAAAUGUAGUACAUUUUUGAUCUAAAUAUUCAAAAUAAACAAUUUGAAAGUACA